AGGUCUGGUACCCCACUCACAACACUCUUUGGCCUUCGCCCUUCUCCUGACUUAAGCUACAUCCAUCUUAUUUCUAACUCUCCUCCCACGUAUUCAAGUCACAAUGAAGUUCUCCACUGUUGCCGCUUCUGCUGUCGUUGCUUUGGCCCCCUUUGCGUCUGCCGCGCCUCACAUGAAGCGUGCGCCGAUCUGCGACCUCUCAGACCUGUCCGGACUGACGCUGACCGCUACCGGCGACAGCAGCGGUAAAGUCCGCUGGAACAUAUUCCAGGAGCCCAAUUUCGGUAUCCAAUCCGGUACCGUGGCUUUCCUCUUCCAAAGUCAGCCCGACGGCCCUUCGAAGUUCCGCGCGAUCGGCUCGACUAACGGACCCGACAUCUUCACUUUCCAGAGCACGUUCAAUAACCAGCAAGUGCUUGCGACGGACAACGGUUUCGAGGGCUCUGAUUCGUCAGGUACCGAGUUCCUCGUCACCUGCAGCCAGUGCAACACGGAUGUGGUGGACAACCAGCUCGCUGCCAAUGGCUGCAAGAUGGAGAUCACCGAUGGAAAUGGCAAUGGCACAGGAAAGUGCGCCUCCUGGCCUACAGGUAGCAACGUACCUGUAGAGAUCGCGGAUUGCGACGAUACAGUCAACCAGCAAAUGGGAGUCUUUGCUGCAUUCUAGGAGUACCCGAGGAUUGAGAUACGCUGGUGUACGAUUCCAGACCCCAGUAGUCAUGAGACGAUGUAGCUCUUUCUGAAUCAUCAAAUGGCGGCGUUAAAUUAUGUUCAUACGCGCAUCGCUAUGCGAUACGCAAGAAUGCAGAGUUAACAAGAAUGUCCAAUCCACAUGACUGCCUCAC